AUGGCCUGGGACUCAAAAUCAGCGAGACGGCGGCAGAACAGCAAUGCUGCUUCAAAGGCACUGCAUGCUCAAGCUAAGCCGGUCCCGAUCAUUGAACCGAAAUCUGCACACGUUUCCGAUCCAGCCCUGCAACCAUUCCUGAACCCCUCCUUUGACCCCGCCGAAUACCUCAAUGCAACACUGCCCUCCCUCCAGAGCUUGAAUGCCUCACAAUCUGCAAGAGGCAGUGUACCUCUUGCAGAUCUAUCCACGCAGACCCAAACCCUCCUCUCGCAUCUCAGCGCGCAUACUACGAGACUGACAACUACCUUGACCCAACUCACCGACGAGAUCCUACGAAGUGGCAGUCGAUUGGCAUACGAGGUUGAAGUUCUACGUGGAGAAACAUUGGGGCUUUCAGAGGCUUUGACGGAAGGGUUACAAGACGAUGUAGCCAAAUUUGUGCCAGGUGGACUGGACCAAGAACUUACACGGAAACAGCCCAAAGCAGUGGAAACAAAUGGAAAUAGGAGGAGGUCUUCGACAAUCACAGUGCCCAAGACACCAGUACGGGAAGAAGUUCCAGCUAUUGUGGACCCUCCAUAUAUCCAGAAACUACGCACUCUUACGCUGGUCCGAUCACGGCUUGAAACGGUUAUACAGACUUUUGGGGAUGCGAUGGCUUGGACUUUCCCACCUUCAGAAGUCUCAGUCACUUCUUCGUUUCUCUCUGUUUCAGCUCCAGAACCUGGGUCUGAGAUGCAUAGUACGGAGGAGAAAGGACAGCAAGUGUCAAGGAAGCUGCGAGAUGAGAUAGCAGAUCUGUUGAUUGGAGGAGACCCAGUGGAUGGUAUUGAGGCAGCGGCUAAGAGAGUGGAGGAGUUGAAAGAGCUGGCUAUUGUGUGGAAAGGCACAGCAGAAGAGAGAGCCAGGACGAAAUUCGUCGAUAACUUGGCAAAGAUGGUUGAGGAUCGACAUCGAGAUCUAUUACGGGAAGCUGAGCAAGAUACUCGUUUGCGACAAAGGGUCGAGACGUUGGAAGAGGAGGUUAGUUCUGGAGAUAGUAAGCCACAGAGUGGUUAUGGAUUCCUCAGUCAGCUACAAAAGCUACGAGGGUCAUCAUAA